UAGACUUUUUUGGAUGGAUGGAUUCUGCCCAUGUCUCCGCCUCGAAUUGGUCAAUAGUGUCACAACCCACAUGGUUAGCUAAUAUUAUUGUGCCAAUUGUAUUACUUCUGCUAGAGAUUUAUCCUCAACCACAUGGAGAACUUCAAGGAAGGUCUCAAUACAACAAUGGAGCUGCCGACUACCCCUUCCUGUAACAGCUGCACAACAGACAUGUCUGAAUCUAAUAGAUCUGUGUUUAUUGAUGAGUAUGUUGUUCUAAGACAGUCUCUCAACACCAUGUCUCUUGUCAUUUACUGCCUGACCUUUGUUCUCGGUAUGCUCGGGAAUGGAGUGGUUAUCUGGGUGAUCGUAUUCAAGAUGAAGAAAACAGUUAACACAGUUUGGUUCCUCAACCUUGCCAUAGCUGACUUCCUCUUCACAGCAUGUUUACCCCUGAGUGUGGUGUACAUAGCUCAGAAUUUUCACUGGCCUUUUGGCAAGUUCAUGUGUAAGCUGAACAGCACUAUAAGCAUUCUGAACAUCUUUGCCAGUGUCUACAUCUUGAUGGUGAUCAGUGCGGACAGAUGUGUGUCUGUGGUGUGGCCUGUCUGGGCCCAGAAUCACCGGAGUGUACGCAAGGCGUCCUGGGUGAGUCUGGGUGUUUGGGUACUGGCUUUGAUUCUCAGCGCACCAUACUUCGUCUUUAGGGACACUGGGCGAUCAUAUUUCUAUGAAGACAUCAUCAAUUGCUACAACAACUAUGCUUUCUCUGAUGACUAUGAAACACUGUCUGUGAAUCAGCUGCGUCAGCUUCGCCAUCAGGCCAUGACCGUCACCCGCUUCCUCCUGGGAUUCGUUGUCCCCUUCACUGUCAUUGUCUCCUGCUAUGCUGUGAUAAUCCAUCGUCUCAGAAGAAACCGCACCCUGGCCAGCCAGUCAAGUCGCCCCUUUAAGAUCAUCGCUGCAGUUAUCACCACUUUUUUCCUGUGCUGGGCUCCUUUUCACAUCAUGACUUUAAUUGAGCUGCUGAAUUUCACUUAUCGCAGUGAAACAUUGGGCUAUGUCAUCACUAUUGGUAGCCCUAUUGCAACCAACCUGGCCUUUCUCAACAGUUGCCUAAACCCACUGCUGUAUGUGUUCAUUGGCCAAGAUUUCAAGGAGGAGGUCCGUAAAUCCAUCCUUGCUGUGCUGGAGACCGCCUUCCAGGAGGAAGUUUCUGGAUCCCACAGUGACACAAAAUCAGGGGACACCAGAGGGUCAGCUCUUAGCACUGAAGUAUAGGAUUUUCCAUUACACAAAAUAAAAAAUACUGGAACUGGAAACAAUCUAGUAACAAAUGUAAUGUUUUUUUUUUGUUGCUUGUCUUCAUAUAAAGGACCCUCAAUGCAAGCUGUAAACAUUGUGCAAAAUAAAAGCAUUUAGACCCAA